CAGGCUCUUUGUGUCCCCAGAGAAUCUGGUCGGGGUAGGAGCUAAGUCUCCGAACCACUUGCUCUGUUUAUGAGUGCUAAGUUAAUCCCCAGCAGUGAGAGACGGGGAAGGAGCAGGCUGUUGGGCUCUUCCUGCUGUUGAAAAUUCACCGACACUCAGUGGAAAUUUUCUUCCUUCUUCAGCUCUGAAUGUUUCCCCAAACAUGAAGGUAAUAAUUUUAUUCAUCUUGGUGGGAUUUAUAGGAGAGUUCCAAGUUUUUUCAAGAGCUGCCUCUCCAGUCAAUUGCCAGUGGGAUUCCUAUGCUUCAUGGUCAGAAUGCAAUGGUUGUACCAAGACUCAGACUCGCAGGCGGUCAGUUGCUGUUUAUGGGCAGUAUGGCGGUCAACCUUGCGUCGGAAGUGCAUUUGAAACACAAUCGUGUGAACCUACACUAGGAUGUCCGGUGGAAGAGGGAUGUGGAGAGCGGUUCAGGUGUUUCUCAGGCCAGUGCAUCAGCAAAUCUUUGGUUUGCAAUGGGGAUUCUGACUGUGAAGAGGACAGUGCUGAUGAAGACAGAUGCGAGGAGUCACAACGGAGACCUUCCUGUGACCUUGAUAAACCUCCUCCCAACAUAGAACUUACUGGAAGUGGUUACAAUGAACUCACUGGCCAGUUUAGGAAGACAGUCAUCAACACUAAAAGUUUCGGUGGUCAAUGCAGAAAAGUGUUUAGUGGGGAUGGAAAAAAGUUCUAUAGACUGAGUGGAAAUAUCCUUUCCUAUACAUUCCAGGUGAAAAUAAAUAAUGAUUUUAAUUAUGAAUUUUACAACAGUACCUGGUCUUAUGUAAAGAAUACCUUGACAGACUAUACAUCAUCUAGUAGCAAAAGGCACCUUUUUGGAUCUUCGUCUUCUUCAUCUUGUCAUACAAUACCACAUUUCAAUGAAAAACACAAGAAAAAGAGUUAUCAGUUGUUGGUUGUCCAGAACUCUGUGGAAGUGGCCCAGUUUAUCAAUAACAAUCCGGAAUUUUUACAACUUGCUGAGCCAUUCUGGAAGGAGCUCUCCUUCCUUCCCUCUCUGUAUGACUACAGUGCCUACCGAAGAUUAAUCGACCAGUAUGGGACACAUUAUCUGCAGUCCGGGUCCCUAGGAGGAGAGUAUAAAGUUCUGUUUUAUGUGAACUCAGAAAAAAUCAAAGAAAGUGGUUUUCGUUCAGAAGAUAUGAAGAGAUGUACUUCCUCAGGUUUUAACUUUCUCUUUGUAUCAUCAUCAUCGCACGAAUGCAAAACCCUGCAAAAUGUCUUAAAAUCAGAUUCAGGAACUCAGAGCAAUGUGCUGAAAGGGGACUCGUUUGUCAGAGGGGGAAGUCCAGAUUUUGUGGCUGGCCUCAGUUCACUGGAUCUGAACAAUCCUGCUGGAAACAAAGAGCAAUAUUCUUCCUGGGCAGAAUCUGUGACUGGUGGUCCCCAAGUCAUAAAACAAAAGCUGACACCUUUGUAUGAGCUGGUAAAAGAAGUACCCUGUGCUUCCGUGAAAAGACUAUACCUGAAGAGAGCUCUUGAGGAAUAUCUGGAUGAAUUUGACCCCUGCCAUUGCCGACCUUGUCAAAAUGGUGGCAUUGCCACCGUUAAGGGAACCCAAUGUCAGUGCCAUUGCAAACCAUAUACAUUUGGUGUGGCUUGUGAGCAAGGAGUCCUUGUAGGGAAUGAAGCAGGAGGGGUGGAUGGGGGUUGGAGUUGUUGGUCCUCUUGGAGUUCCUGUGUUCAGGGGAAGAAAACAAGGAGCCGAGAAUGCAAUAACCCACCUCCCAGUGAGGGCGGGAAAUCCUGUAUUGGAGAACCCUCGGAAAGCAGCCCCUGCGAGGAUGAGGAGCUGCAGCAUUUACGGUUGCUUGAACCACAUUGUUUUUCUUUGCCUUUGACUCCGAAAGAAUUCUGUCCAUCACCUCCUGCCUUGAAAGAUGGAUAUGUUCAAGAUGAAGGUGCGAAGUUUCCUGUUGGGAAAAAUAUAGUAUAUACUUGCAAUGAAGGAUACUCUCUUAUCGGAGACCCUGUAGCCAGAUGUGGAGACGAUUUACGGUGGCUUGUUGGAGAGAUGCAUUGUCAAAAAAUUGCCUGUGUUCUACCUACAUUGAUGGAUGGCAUUCAGAGUCAUCCCCGCAAACCGUUCUAUGGAAUUGGUGAGAAGGUGACCAUUUCCUGUUCAGGUGGCAUGUCCUUAGAAGGUCCUUCAGAAUUUCUCUGUGGAUCCAGCCUUAAGUGGAGUCCUGAUAUGAAGGGAGUUCAGUGUGUGAAAAAAGAUGUCCCCUUGCCACCAGCAGUGCCUGAAUGUCAGCGCUGGGAGAAACUGAAGAAUUCAAGAUGUGUUUGUAAAAUGCCCUAUGAAUGUGGAUCCUCCUUGGAUGUAUGUGCUCGAGAUGAGAGAAGCGAAAGGAUACUGCGUCUGACAGUUUGCAAGAUGCAUGUUCUCCAGUGUCAGGGUAGAAAUUAUACCCUUGCUGCGGGGGACAGUUGCACUCUGCCUGCCCCCACUGAGAAAGCCUGUGGCGCCUGUCCACUCUGGGGAAAAUGUGAUGCCCAGAGCAGCAAAUGUGUCUGCAGGGAAGCAUCCGAGUGCGAGGACGGCGGCUUUCGCGUCUGCGUGGAAGUGGAUGGCGUGGAGCAGACGAUGAGCGAGUGUGCCGCUGGCACGCUCAGGUGCCGAGGACAGGACGUCACUGUCACCAGCACGCAGCCCUGCGCUGGGGGGACCCCGUAGGCUUCCGGGCCUCUCAGCUGGAAUCCCGCAGCCACUGUGUCUGAG